AUGAACAUUUAUGAUGAUGUUCUUGAUGCUACGGUUGUCUCACAAUCUGUAACAGGUCAUUUUACCACGAGAGAAUAUGAAGAACUGUUGGCAGUGAGAACCAAUAUAUUAUGCAUUUAUAGGUACACUGAUGAGGGAAAACUGUUUCUCACAAAGGAAUUCCGGUUUCAUGGCAAGAUCACCGACAUAGGACUCGUUCCGCUGCCGAACUCCAAUUUGGACUGCCUACUAUUGGGCACUACAACAGCAAAGCUAUCGAUUGUACGAUAUGAUGAUGCAUUGGGCAGCAUCGAAACUUUGAGUUUACAUUUCUAUGAGGAUAAGUUCAAGGAUAUUUCUUUGUUUGAAAUGGCCAAGGAGUCUCAGCUAAGAAUUGAUCCAGGUAAAAAUUGUAUUAUGCUUUUCAACAAUGACGCCAUUGCUAUACUUCCCUUUAGGACAAGUAAUGCGGAUGAGGAUGAGGAUGAGGAUGAUGAUGAUUACGACGAAAUUCGCAAACCAAAGAAAGCAAAAACCAAUAAAGACCGAAUUACAGAAGCCAGCUCAAUAUUUUUGGCCAAAGAACUGCAUAAAGAGAUUCAGAACGUCAUAGAUAUUCAAUUUUUGGCAGGGUUCACCAAUCCAGCCGUGGCGGUAUUGUAUGAACCAAAGUUGGGUUGGGCAGGUAAUAGUAAGCUGGUUCCACACCCUGUGAGUUACAUUAUUCUAACAUUGGAGAUGGUGCUCAACGAGCUAAACACGAAUGUUGAUGGCACAGUAAUCGGCAAAGUUGAGGAAUUAAAUUGGGAUUUUCAUACUCUGAUUCCAAUUUCUAAUGGCUGCAUCAUAGCUGGAACUAACGAACUCGCGUACGUUGACAAUACAGGUGUCCUACAAUCAAUGAUACUAUUGAAUUCAUAUUCAAAUACCGAAUUUAAAAAGGGAAGAAUAAUUGAUAAAACUAAAUCGGAAAUUCUAUUUAACAAACCCAUCAGAUUCAGCUGGUCGCUUUCAGAUAAAGACAACAAUGUAAAUCAAAUACUUCUUUUGAUUGAUCAUCAAACUAAUUUUUAUUAUGUUCAGUUGGAAUCAGAAGGCAGGUUGUUAACAAAGUUCGACAUAUUCAAACUACCAAUUGUUAACGAAACUCUAAAGUGGAAUACAAAUUGUACAUGCAUUUCACCUCUACGGGAUUUAUCAGAUGGCCAAACAAUGGUAUUAUUUAUGGGAUUUCUGUCCGGUGACUCGCAAGUUGUGAAACUGAAUAACGUGAAAUCUGCUGUAGAAACGAGGGAUGAACACAAACCAUUUCUGGAGACAGUCGAUGAUGAUGAUGAUGAUUUAUAUGCAGAUGAAAACUCCAUUAGUGAGGAUAACAAAGAGGUGGUCGUAGAAACAGUUCAACCUUUCGACAUUGAAAUAUUGUCUUCGCUCCGAAAUAUUGGACCAAUAACCUCAUUGACUACAGGGAAAGUUUGUUCGGUUGAAAAAUGGGUGAAAGGUCUCGCCAAUCCUAAUAAAGAUGAAUUUUCUGUGGUGGGAACUUCUGGAAACGGAAGUGGAUCUCAUUUAACGGAAAUUCAGGAAAGUGUUCGACCCGAAGUUGAGUUGGCAUUAAAAUUUAUUAGCAUUACGCAAAUUUGGACUUUAAAGAUUAAGGGAGUUGACAAAUACUUGGUUACCACGGAUUCAAACACCAAAAAAAGUGAUAUCUAUAGGAUUGCCGAUAAUUUUGCAAUACAUAAGGAAGGGAGAUUCAGGAAGGAUGACACUACCGUGUACAUAUCUAUGUUCGGUGAAAAAAGAAUUGUUCAAGUAACAUCAAGCAAUCUAUACCUUUAUGAUUCGAACUUUAGAAGACUUACGACUAUGAAGUUCGACUACGAAGUUGUUCAUGUAUCUGUAAUGGAUGCAUAUAUACUAAUAACAGUGUCUAGAGGUGACAUUAAGAUUUAUGAGCUAGACUCAAAACAUAAAAAGAAACUCAGCAAAGUUGAAUUACCUGAAGUGCUGAAAGAAAUGGUUAUAACAUCUGGUGUAAUACUAAAAAGUAAUAUGUGCAACGAAUUUUUGACGUAUUUACAAGAUUGUGAGGAGGAACAGUUGCUAUUUACGUUUGUAACAGCAGACAACCAAAUAAUUUUUUUUGGUAAGGAGCAUAACGACCGCAUAUUUCAGUUCAAUGGAGUCGAUCAAUUAAACGAAAUGCUUUAUAUAAGCACUUAUCAGUUGCCUGAAGAAGUUAUACCUGAUCCAUCAAUCAAACAAGUGAUGAUUAACAAAUUAGGACAUAACAAUAGAGAGGAGUACUUGACAAUUCUAACUUUUGGAGGUGAAAUAUAUCAGUACAAAAAAUCUGCAUCCAGACAUAGUAGAUUUCAUAAAAAUGCAAACGCGAAUGACAUUAAGAUAACAGGGGCUCCAGAUAAUGCAUAUGCUAAAGGUGUGAGCUCCAUCGAAAGAAUAAUGCACUAUGUUCCAGAAUAUAAUGACUUUUCCGUCAUAUUUGUCACGGGAAGUGUUCCAUAUGUUAUUAUCAAAGAAGAUGAUUCAAAUCCUAAGAUUUUUAAGUUUGCUAAUAUACCAUUAGUUUCCAUGACGAGAUGGGGCAAAAAGUCAGUAAUGUGUGUUGAUGAUAUCAAAAAUGCCCGCGUGUACACUUUAGAUUGUCACGAUAUUUACUAUGGAAACAGACUACCUAUAAAAAGAAUCCGUAUAAGUGAUGUAUUAGAAGAUUAUGAAACACUCACGAAUGUGACCUACCACGAAAAAACGGAAUUAUUUAUUGUUUCAUACGCCAAACGUAUUGAUUAUGAUGCACUAGGCGAAGAUGGCGAGAGGUUACUUGGCUAUCAGGAGAAUGCACCACAUGCCAGUGGGUUUCAAGCCGGUAUACUUUUAGUAAACCCCAAAACAUGGAAUGUUAUUGAUAAAAAGGAAUUUGGUGCAAAUACAAUAAUAAAUGAUGCAAGAACAAUGUUGAUACAGUUAGACUCGAAAACCAGACGGAAACGAGAAUAUCUUGUUUUAGGUGUUGCCAUUGUUGGAACAGAAGAUCUGCCACCAUCUGGUUCUUUUGCUGUUUAUGAUAUCACCGAGGUUGUUCCUGAACCCGGGAAGCCUGAUACCAACUUCAAAUUAAGUGAAAUUUUUCAUGAAGAAGUACGAGGAUCCGUGAGUACUGUUUGUGAGAUAAGUGGAAGAUUCUUGAUUAAUCAAAGUCAAAAAGUACUUGUACGUGAUGUUCAGGAGGACAACUCUGUUGUUCCUGUAGCCUUUUUGGACAUACCUGUUUUUGUAUCAGAUGCAAAAAGUUUCGGGAAUCUCUUAAUAAUUGGUGAUGCAAUGCAUGGUUUUCAAUUUGUCGGGUUUGAUGCUGAACCAUAUAGAAUGAUUCCCCUAGGUCGCAGCAUUACGAAAUUGGAAACGGUUUCGAUAGAGUUUUUGGUGAACGGAGGUGAAAUAUAUUUCGCCGUCACAGAUACUGACUGUAUUCUACACGUGUUUAAAUAUUCGCCAGAUGAACCCAAUUCACUCUCCGGACAAAGGUUAAUUCAUUGUACUAGCUUCAAUUUGCACUCUUCUAACACGGCUUUGUGCCUUAUACCUAAAAGUGAGGCUUUUCCAGCUACAGCAAAAAAUCCAUCAACCUUUCAAGUAGUGGGUGCCCAGACUGAUGGAUCUAUUUUCAAGAUUCUUCCAUUGAAAGAGGACGCAUAUAGAAGGCUAUAUGUUGUCCAGCAACAGUUUAAUGAAAAAGAUAUACAAUUUGGUGGUCUCAAUCCUAGGAUGGAACGAUUAUCGAAUGUGCACUAUAUUCAUACCCAUGUAUUGAGACCAAUGUUGGAUAAUAAUAUAAUCAAAAAAUUCAGUAUGGUUUGCAUAGAUCGAAGAAAACAAAUUGCACAAAGAGCGGGUAGAAGAGCUUAUUUAGAAAUUUGGAGGGAUCUUAUCGAUAUAGAAUUCUCAUUGAGGUCACUUUGUGAAUAA